AUGGGCUCAGAACAACAGCCAAACGGCUCUAUGCCCUCUGGCGCCAGCGUCGCUACAGGCGCCGCCAUCCAGGCCACAAAACAAGGCACAACAUCCCAGCCCAUCACCCGCCCUCCAUCCCCAGACCCCGCUCGCAAGACCCCGCCAAUGACCAUUGUCAUCAAGCUCGGAACCUCUUCCAUUGUCGCCCCCAAGCCCCCAUUCCCGCCUCGUCUCCAGCUCCUCUCCUCCAUCGUCGAGACCGUCGUGGCACUCAAGGCUCACGGACACAAGGUCGUGCUCGUGAGCUCGGGUGCCAUUGGCGUCGGUCUUCGUCACAUGGGCCUCAAGCAGCGUGGAAAGGGUCUCAGCCGCAAGCAAGCUCUGGCAGCUAUCGGCCAAGGUCGUCUCAUUGCCCUCUGGGAUAACCUGUUCGCCCAGUUGGAUCAGCCGAUUGCGCAGAUCCUCUUGACUCGCACAGACAUUAGCGACCGCACACGAUACCUCAAUGCGCAGAACACGUUCAACGAGCUGCUGACCAUGGGUGUCGUCCCCAUCGUCAACGAAAACGACACUGUCUCGGUCUCGGAAAUCAAGUUUGGAGACAACGACACGCUGUCGGCCAUCUCGGCCUCUAUCGUGCAUGCAGACUACCUCUUCCUCCUCACCGACGUCGACUGCCUGUACACCGACAACCCGCGCGUCAACCCAGAUGCCACGGCUGUCCGUGUUGUCCGUGACAUUGCCCAUAUCAGGCAGCAAGUGUCUACGUCCACCAUGGGAACGUCACUUGGCACCGGCGGCAUGUCGACCAAGAUCAUUGCGGCCGAGCUUGCCACUGCUGCCGGCGUGACCACCGUGGUCAUGAACUCUGAAAAGGUCCGCGACAUCUUUGACAUUGUGCAGGCCGGCCCCGGCCCAUCACGGUCAGCGACCGAUGUGGCAGAGUUUGAGACCACCGGCCCCUUGUGUACGCGCUUCCUGAGGCACCAGCGUGCUUUGAAAGACCGGAAAUGGUGGGUUGCGCACGGCCUGCAUGCCGCGGGCACGGUGGUGGUCGACGAAGGAGCGUACAGGGCCAUUGGAAGGCGUGAGAGUGGCGGUCGCCUCCUUCCGGCAGGUGUGUUGCGUGUUGAGGGUCCGUUUGCGGCGCACCAGUGCGUCCGCAUCGUUGUCCGCAGGAAACGUCGUUUCCCGCCCGCGCCCCUCAUUGCCGAGCCCGUCAGUGUGGCCGUCACCCCGGCUCGCAUGUCGCCUACCCAGGCCAGGCAUGACCUGCACCAUGUGGCAGUGCAGUCGGCCGUGGCUCAGGUGCAGACCAUCUCCAUCUCGGCCGCGUCGUCCCCCGACAGUGCGCCGCAGCCUGGCACCCCGCAGAUCCAGCCCACGCUGUCGCUCUCGUCGAGCGUGGCCUCUCUCGACCCCUUGUCCCGUACCGGACCCUCCUCGCCGGCCAUGCGCGCUGCAGACCGCAACAUUACCUCGCUGGGCGACCGCAUGUCCGAGCUCGAGAAUGGCAGCGGCAAUGUGUCGGGCGAUGCGUCCAGUGCCAGUGCCGCCACACACGGUGCUGCUGUUGACGAGUGGGAGGAGGUCGAGGUCGGCAAGGGUCUUGCGCAAUACAACUCUGUCGCCAUUGACCGCAUCAAGGGAAUGAAGAGCUCCCACAUUGAGCACGUCCUCGGCUAUGUGGAGUCUGAGCACGUUGUCGAGAGCAUUGCGCUUGUUUAA